GGACUUUGAAUAUGUCGGGGAUCGCCCUCAGCAGACUUGCCCAGGAGAGAAAAGCUUGGAGGAAAGACCACCCGUUUGGCUUUGUGGCUGUCCCUACCAAGAAUCCCGACGGCACAAUGAACCUGAUGAACUGGGAGUGCGCCAUCCCAGGGAAGAAGGGGACUCCCUGGGAAGGAGGCUUGUUCAAGCUGCGGAUGCUUUUCAAAGAUGAUUAUCCAUCAUCACCACCAAAAUGUAAAUUUGAGCCGCCACUCUUCCACCCGAAUGUGUACCCCUCAGGCACAGUGUGCCUGUCCAUCCUGGAGGAGGACAAAGACUGGAGGCCAGCCAUCACGAUCAAACAGAUCUUAUUAGGAAUACAGGAACUUCUAAAUGAACCAAAUAUCCAAGACCCAGCUCAAGCAGAGGCCUACACGAUCUACUGCCAAAACAGAGUGGAAUAUGAGAAAAGGGUUCGAGCACAAGCCAAGAAGUUUGCACCCUCGUAAGCAGCGGCCCUGUGGCUCUGCAGAAAGGAAGGGAUUGGUUUGGCAAGAACUCGUUUACACCUUUUGCAAAUCUAGAGUCGCUCGUACGGUCACUAGUCGCCUGGGAGGGCUGGGCGGGCACCAUCUCCAUUCCCGCCACUGGCAUACAGUUUUCAUCCGCUGAAUCACCCCGUUUUCAUACAGGGUCUCUUCCUUCAGUCUUUUGUAUUUUUGAUUGUUAUGUAAAACUUGCUUUUAUUUUAAUAUUGAUGUCAGUAUUUCAACUGCUGUAAAAUUAUAAACUUUUAUACUUGGGUAAGUCCCCUAGGAGCUAGUCCUAUGCUCUCGGAGGCAGGCAUGCUUCCCACUGCUCAGAGCUGUCUGUAGCCUCUAGCUGGCUGUACGAGAAGAAAAUCACUUGCCCCUCCUGCCCCUCAUCCGGUCUCCUCAGAACCUGGGCUGUGUUGCUUAUGAGCCUCAGAUCCAAAGUCAGCUAGUGUCUCAAUUCCGCAUCACUUCCUUUGUGUUUAUAUGGCGUUUUGUCUGUGUUGCUGUUUAGAGUAAAUAAACUGUUUAUAUAAAGGUUUUUGUUGCAUUAUCGUCAUUAAAGUGAGAGGAAAGGUGCCUCAGUGAGCCCAGCCUUCCUGGUGGGCCACAGCCCAGGGUCCAGGACCAGUGGCUAUGAGCUCUUCUCAGCCUCUGCUCUCGGAUGCACCAGGUCCCAUGUGGCUCCAUCUUGUGCUGGUUCUUUGUAAAUAGGACUGUAUACAAAAGUGUGUGUCCAAGGUGUUGCUGUCCUACCCCUGGAUUCCUGGCAUAUAGAGGACAAGGCAGAGUACCAACCUAGUGAGUCACAGUUGGAGUCCAAUCUAUAAAGCAUGGCGGUCAGAGCCCAGCGCCUGUGACCCACUGCCUCCAGAGAUGAUACAACUAAGACCUGACCAGGGCUGAGGCCAAGGAAGGCCCACAGGCACAGCGGCAGGUGUCAGCGCUCCUUCCAGGUGACUGCACUGUGGACCCUGCAGUUACUUGCUUGCCAAGAAAGUGACUGUCUUCAGCUGUCUACGUUCCCCACCUACGCACCAGGCUUUUUGCCACCCUGGCAAAAGGCAGGUGCCUUCUCCAGCUGCCAGACUUUGUGGCAGCUGUUAGACAAGGCCAGACAGCCCAAGGGGCUCUUGACCUGGGUGGUGUUGUGACACAGAUGCCUUGAGGCACCACUGUCCGUGCACCUACCAGCCUGUGUUGCUAGGUCUCUGGUGGCGUUGCCCUGAGCCUAUGCAGGCCAGCUGGGUGGCUAUCCCCUGUGGGCUUGUCAGGGGGUAAGGGGGUAAACUGGGCUGAGUGGCCCCUGUCCCUCAUCCCUGUGAGCACAGUCCCCACCAGUCUUGCUCCUGAGACCCAGUUCCUGCUGUGGGAGUUGGUCACCUGUGGCUCCAGUGCUCAGAUACAGGAGUGAGCUGGUGCAGUUGGGGACCCAGAGGAGAGUCAGACGGGACUCUGGGAGGUUGGGGCCACACCUACUUGGCAGCAAUGGGCAGAGCCUGUUCACUCUAAACUCUGUGUCCUGGCAGGUGGCUGGGCUUUUUGAUGGACAGUUAUGGUUGGUUUAUCCAGAGGGACCUUCCCUGAGGAAUUUGGCCGGCUUGUGUAUUUGUAGCCUGCUCCCAGAAUGUCUUAUUUUGUAAUGAUUGACUACAUUUAAUAAUAGUUACACAUGUAUAUGGUUAACUAUAUGGAAAUUCAAUAUAUUUUAUAGUUAAAAUAUUCUAAAGUAAUUGAUGUUUCUAGCAAAUUGUAGUGACUACUCAUCAGCUAUGAACUCUUCCUUUUGUACCACAGUCCUGGGCUUAACAAAGAUGUGAAUCUUGUAAUCUGAGACAUGAAAUGUGAUCAUCUUGUAUUUAACCUGAGGGAGGAGGGUGCUCCCAGCAUGAGGCCUCAUACUAGUAAGGACCUGUGGGCAACAGAUUAACCACUGUAUCUAAGAAUCCUCAAAUUAAAACAUUUCCACAAAUGG